GGUGCUGUUACUUUUCGAAAUUUUAUUAAUUGGCGAGUCUGUAAUGGGAGACAACCAGUCUUGCACGGUUUAUUUAUUGGUAGACCUGGAUCUGACGUGGAGAUGAAGGAAUUAUUGGGGUAUCGUACAACUUGGAUCAACUGGCAGGCAUUAUUGAACAUACGUGUGGAGUUGGAAUGAAUAUGAGUGAUUCCACACGUAACGAUACCAAACCUGCAGUAUACAAACGUUUUGUUAGGCUACGUAAAAUUUAUAUUAUUUCACAUUAUAUUUGUCACAGCAAUGUUUGACACGGUAUGUUUUAGUGUGUGGAAAUUGUCAGAUUCUGCUUUUUAAUAUGGACGGUAUAUCAAGAAUUGGUAAUAGACAAAACAGCAAUUUUCAUUUUUGCGAAAUGAAGUUCCACAUAGGAAUGUCAUUCCUGACCGUAGUACUUAUGAUAGAUGGAUGAUGGAAACCAGAGAAGAGACCAACGGGAAGACGUAAAAGUGUUCAUCGAUGAAGUACAAAUUAGUGUUUAUCUACACGAGUUUUAACAUGACAAAAAACUGUUUUUGUUCCAGAACAAACAUUUAUUCUCACUGAUUUUUACUGACGUGGGAAUAACAUAUUUUUUGUCCCGAAAUAUAAAAUACGCACGUAUCGAAGAAGAAGCCUUGCGGAACCCCACCACUGAUAUACAGCCGUUAUCUUAUCACUACGCCAAUAUUGGGACGCUCUCUAAAUAAUUUGCAUUACCUCUAUUUAAACACUAAAAUUAAAAUUUUAUCAAUGUUAUUUGAACAGCGUAUUUGUUAACAGCAGCGUGAAUUGCUAGUUACAAUAUUCUUCCCAAACGUUCGCUAUUUCACCAAGAAAAACUACUUUGCUGGUGGCUUUCAAAAAUAAGAUGCUUUCCUUCUUCAAACCCGUUUGAGCUUAAACUCGUAUUUGACAGGUGUCUAUUUUGAUUUGCGCUCUUCAUCAGAUGGUCUGAAUUAAUUGAGAAGUACAGGAAGAUGUUUGCUUCUUUGGUCUGGAACGAGUCGCCGAAGAGUUGAUGGGCAGAAGGAAAUGGAGGCAGUACCAAAAGCUGGUCCUGAGUCACGAAGAAGAUUACUCGAUGGAGGCGAAAGACUGGGAACCCUCGGAUAAGUGCAACUUGUGCCCGGAACACGGCGACCAGCCGCCCCCACCCCACACGGACACGUCUCUGCCGCGGCCGCCAUCAGAAGAAAGUGCCAGUAGUGCCAGUGCCAGUGCCGACGACAGCGGCGAUCGCUACCCCGCCAGGGUACCAGCCAUGACUACCCUGGAGUCUGUGGCCUCCUCCAUGGCAGCAAGUCUUGCCGCGGUUGCUGCGCUGUCUCAGGGCAAGCCGCCAGUCGCCGCGGCUCUCUACCCUCCACCGCCAGGACUGUUCCCGUGGUACCUGGCCGCCCCUGAGCCCAAGCCCAGUCCACCGGUGCCCGAGCAGCCCCUGGACCUCAGCAAGAGCUCCAGCAGGUCUCCCGAGCCGAUAGUUGAGACCCCACCCUCCCACCAACACUUGGUGCCCUCCUCCCCUUCGCUCAAAGUGCCGGCCGCACUCAACAGGCUCUACAAUUUGUUUGAUUCCAGAGCGAAGCCGAGGCUGAGUGCGGUGGCCGGGCGGAGGACGUACACUGAGGAUGAGCUUCAGGCAGCACUCCGAGACAUCCAGAGCGGUAAACUGGGAACCCGGCGAGCAGCUGUCAUCUACGGCAUCCCACGAUCCACGCUACGCAACAAGGUGUACAAGCUGGCGAUGGAGCGAGAGAGAGAUUCGCACCUGGUGCUGGCGGCCAGCCCGGACCACGUGGCUGCCAAGGCGAGAGCUCUCCUGGGAGAGAAGGACGAUGACGACCUGCAGGACGACGAAGAUGAUAAGGACUCUGGGGCAGAAGAGGAGCGUGAGGUAGAGAAGGCACUGAUGAGGCCGAUCAUUUCCAUAGAGGACUUUAUGAGGUUGUCCAGUGAGAGUGCGGGAUUUCCCGGUACCGAUUCUUUAAGAACACUUUUGCAGCACGGGAGUAAGUAUUUAGCCGAGAAGAAGGAAGACGGAUCUUCCUCUCCACCGGUUUAUCCUGUGUUUCCUUCCCCUGGAUCCGCGGACCUGUGGAACGGUUUGGAUCACGCCGCUCUAGGCCCAUAUAUCAAUCGGCUGCUCAAUGCUAACCCUAUAGUACACCCUAACCAUUUUGCUAUGACCGGUAACCGACACUCUCCUACAGAAAGAAGUCCUACGGACUCGCCUGGUGACUUUGUGCCAAAACUACCACAUCUAGAAUUAGUACGGAGGAUGAUAAUCGAGGACAGGUUGGCCCAAGAAGAGCAACAGAAGAAGGAGAAACAAUUUUUGAACGGUUCUCGCCUGGGAGAACCGGGACCCUCUUCUAGUAUUUUCCAGGAAGACGAACAUUCGGGUUCAGGAACACCGCCGAAUGUGAUACUGAAAAUUCCGUCCUUCAAACCCAUGUCUAAAAACGGAAUUCCAGGAGAAACCUCAGGUUUCCCUUUAGGUGUGAAAAUAGGGGAAUCUAGUCAGCAUUCGGUGAUUUCUCCUCCGAUCAGUACGGGAAGGAGUGAAUCUUCUUCACCACCAUCGAUGGGCAAAGGCAUCAACGUCAGUUUAAAAGACGUCAUAUCCAAGAGCAUCAUUCAGAAAUAUCAACAGUCAGCGGACCUGCAUCAUCUCUCCCACACGCCUCCAGGUCUAGAGCAUUUCAGACGAGCGGACUUCUCCCAGCCUCUCGGAUGCAGCCCUCCUAUCACGAGGAACCAUAACAACAACCACUUAGAUGAGAGAAAGAUGCAUGUGCCCACAUCCAAGCCUCAGAUUAGUGGAAGUAACACGUCUACUACAACUGGUGGAAAGGGAACGAGACCUAAACGAGGAAAAUAUAGGAACUACGACAGAGACAGCUUAGUUGAGGCGGUAAGAGCCGUUCAAAGGGGGGAAAUGAGUGUUCACCGAGCGGGAUCUUACUACGGAGUACCUCAUUCCACCUUAGAGUAUAAAGUGAAGGAAAGGCAUCUGAUGAGGCCUCGUAAAAGAGAGCCGAAGUCAGUCCAAGAGGAGAUUAAACUCAAAGAGGAUCCUAUCGUUUCCAGAAUUCCACCACCAGUGGAUAAGAGCAAGCUAUUACCCCCUACAAAACCACCAAAAACUCCAUUCACACCUCCAUCUACUCUCCCAACAGGUCCCAACGGCCUGAAAAUGUCUCCUAUGUUUGAUCCCUCGCUUCCUUACAGUGCAGCUCCACCUUUUCCCUUCUGGCCACCUAAUCCGUUCCCUCAUUUACCGAUGGACUAUCCCAGAAAUCCAAAUUUCCCACCAACACCGGACCAUUUCUUUGCAUCCCAGAUGAUACAACGCUUGCAAGAGGAUUCUGCAAGGAUGCCGCACAGUCCACCGCCUACUCUCGGCAAGACGGAGCGAGAGCUGGCGGAGACCCUGUAUGACGGCACCGGCGCCAACGGCAGCUUUUUGGACGGAAUCAUUCGGUCCAGUUUGGAGUCUGGGUUACCAAAAAAUAAAGAUGGCGAGUUGAAGCGGCCCGAGCAGAUGUCUAAUAAGGCUCUUCUGGACCAACUGUGUCGAAACAGUCGGAUGACUCCGGUCCCGAAGGCGGAGACGAGUAGCUCUGACGACGAGAAGACGGCUCAGAAAAGGCCUUGCGAGGAUACACCCUCGGCACACCUCGAGGAGGUGAAAGAAGAAGUGAACAAAGAGGUGUCCGAGGAGCGUGAUCCUUCCCCCCGACCGGAACAAAAAAUAGAACCCGAAUCUGAGGAAAAACCAGACGAUUCUAACCUAAAAACUGACAAUGUCGAUGAAAGUGCCUGUGAUAGUAACCAUACGAUAAAAAGAGUGAAGUUAGAAGAAGAGACAUAGAUCUUAUUAUAAGAGACUGAUAGAAUGCCAUUAUUGAAUUUGAGGUUUCAAACCUUGCUGUACUGAAUAAGUGUCGUCUCUAAAGUUAGUUCAUGUCGGCUGUCCAUGUAGAGGUCCUUUUUACGAAAUUAGUCCUUUUUUACAUUUUUAUAGUUAAUGGAAAUCGUAUUCGUGUAUUAUUUCGUUUGAUGAUUGUAUGAUUAGGUAAAUUAAGCAUUAAUUGUUGUAAUUAUUUGUUAACUAUUUUCUUCUUGUAUGACAAUCGUAAAGUUGCCAAAUGUUUUCAAUCAAAAAGUAAUUUUUACAUUAGUUCAUUGUGAGAGAAAGGAACGACAAUAUAGAGAAGGCGGUGUGAAUGGUCCGGUAUUGGUAUACACUAGAAAUAAGCAUCUUUUUAAACUUUAAUAUUUGGUGUUAAACUCUCGAACUGCAUAUUAAAUACCGAUGUGGGUAUAUUAUUACCAAAUUUAUCUUAUUCUAGUCGUCGAUAUCAAAUACACUUUAAAAUUCUUUAUUAAAACAUUUUAAUACUAUAAAAUUAUCGAUAUACUAAGCUUGUAUUAUCUAGCACAAAGUUUAAAAUAUGCUUCUUUCUAAAGCUUUGAUGAAAAGUGGAGUAAAUUUUUCUGCCACGAUCCAGAGUGUGAUAUGUGUUUUCAAGUUAUCAUUGCAGAUAUAGUAACGAUGUAUUACAUAUUUACAUAUAUAUAUAUUAUAUCUUUUUUAUUGAAAUUGAAGUCUAUUUAUGUAGUAUUUAUGUCCAUCUGGAGUUCCCAAGAAAUACAAAGCAGUGUGUUAUACAUAUACAUGAUUAUACGCAGUCUAUUUGUCCAAAUAUAUUAUUUUGCCUCAGCGUCGCUCACCCUUACUAUUUCUAUCUUUCUUCUGAUUGUUCAUGAAUGUGAUUCUACGUCAUAGAAAUAUAUAUUACGAUACCGUACUAAUUCAUGUGGUCUUAUUAAAUGUUAUAUAUACAUAUUUCAUGUUAACAAUUCGGAGAAUGUGUUCAGUGUAAAAACCAAAAGAAGGUUUGCAGUUUUGUACAGAAAUAAUUUUGUCAGUGUGUGAAUGUGCAUUAAUUGUUUUUAUCGUUUAUUAGUUCUAAUGCUGCUUUGAUGUUUUUAAAUAGUAAGUGUUGAUUUCAGUAGUAAAAUACCAAAAUCUUGGGUAUCUCCAAAUGAUUUUGACUAUCUGUGAUGAUUCCAAAUUUAAUGUAUAUUUUCUCUAUCCAUAUCUUUAAAUUUAGAGUAGUUUAUUGGAUUUAUGGUACUGAUAAAUUGUAACGAUUUGUGAAUCUUUUAAAUUUUUUAAACCAAUCAAGUAACUGAAGUGCAAUUAGGGUGACUAUGUGUAUGUAGUUAUGUAUGAGUGUCCGGUCAUAUAUUUAAGAAACCUUCUAACACCGAAUCUAUCCACAUUUCCACCUUCUGCAAUGUUUAUGCUUUUAAUCGCAUUUUAUUAACACAUUUAUAUUUGACACGCAUUCCACAGAACAUUACCUUGCAUGGAGGUUACACGACAGUUUUAAGUAGUCUUAUCUUAUAGAUUGUUAGAGUUAUUGAAAUAAUAUUGCAGCACCAUUUGUCUUAUUAGUAAGAAUUAUUAUAAAAAUGUUAAUAUUUUAUAAUUUAAUAUUAUGCUAAAACUAUAAGCCGUAAAUUAAACGUAUAAGAAAUUAUACAAAUACCUGAGAAAUUAGAUCAUGUUAUUGCAUCAAGGGAUGCCUAACAGUUGUUUUAGAAUUAUUUAUAGAAACUUCUUGUUAGUAGCAGGUACAGUCUACAUCUAGAUCUAGUCUUCAAAUAAUUUCAUAAAUAUAUCACGCUAUCUACUCUAGACCAAAUUCGAAAAGCAUUUUCUACAAAAUGUAUCCGUCAAUCCAAUACUUUACUACAUUGCUGGAUCUAAAUUAAACAAAUACUUUACAUUACAAAGUACUUUAAUGUAAACGUUACAAUUAUGAAAUUUAAUUAAAAUUGCACUAAUUUUCUUAUUAGUUAUUAGUUUUAAAUGGUGCUCAGUAAUUUUAAUUGUUUUUUUUUUAUAUAAAUAACACCAAGUGCAUUAAGCCUAGUUUGGGACCAAAAGUAGAGUUUUGUUCCACAUAACUUUUAAACACUCCACAACAAUUUUUAAAUAAGUUUACACCUUGUUCCAUAUUCGUGUUUUUUAUAAAGGGACUCUUUAUACAGAGAGUAUUUUAUAAAGGGGUAUUUUAUAAAAGGGGACUUCCUAAUCUAGUUUAGUUGUCAUUUAUUGUAGGUAUGAUCAAUCAUUCCAUUUUACGUUACAAGCGUAAAACCCAAAAAGACUUAACGGAAUGUGCAUUUUGUUGAACCCAUUUACAAACACCUAGUGGUAAUCAUCGUUUGUAAUUCGUCAUGCAAGUUUAACCUCUCGAUUCAUUCAAUAAAUUGCCUUCUGUACGAUACAAAUCUAUGAUUUAGGCGUUAGAUCCUGUGGAAAUGUGGAUAGACAGAUAGACAGUACAGUAGCCUAGGGUAGCCUACGUUAGUCGACAGUUGAAAAGACUUCUCUUCUUCAGCCAAAUGAAGAGUGCAUUUUCUACAAAUGAAACAUAUCGAGUUAUCAUUAUCACCAUAGCUGCGUAGUGGUGCAGACAUUCCUCCUCAGAACUGGCGUCUACUACAUUCCAUGUCGUGCCGGAGAUGUCAUCCAGUAUUGUUUUCCACUAUAAUAGACUCUAAGUUCUUCAAACCAGAUGUUUCAGUGCGUUAGCGCCCACACCUAUGAUUCCGGUAUGCAUUUUGACAGCUCCACACGUGUUACAGUGUGCGGACUUUUACAGAAGAACGUUUCGUUUCUGCCGCCUACUUUACUGUGCAAUGCUUGUUCGCGUUUCAUUUUUGACUGUUUUCGUUUAUUAUUAUUGUGUGAUGUUUUUUUUUAUGAAUGUGAUAUAUUUGUUGUUGUUGUUGUUUCACAGUACCCCGGUGUUCUUGUAUAAAUAGAAAUCUUUAUGAACAAUGUUUGUGUUGUUAUUUUGUUUUAAACUACUAGUUACUCACUCUGUAUCGGUUUGAGUCGAGAGAAGCUAAGCUGUCUGUCUCUACUAUGACCUUCUGUUUGUUGAUGGUUUUUGUCAUUUUUAUAUUUUAGAUCUCUGUUAUUGUGUUGAAAUGUCCAACAUACCUUCUAAAGUUCCCUGUUAUUGUUGCAUACUAUUGUUUAGUGAACAAAAUGUAUUUUAGUAUUUAGUAAACAUUUUUAUAAGUAGGCCUAUACACAUUUAUGUAUGUAUGUCCAUGACAGAUUUAGUACUCUUAUACUUAAACUGAUGGAUGACAGAGAAAUUAAUUGAUUUAUGAAUUAGCUCAUAUUAAUUAAAAAUUUUUCAAUCAAAAGCACAUUUAAUGUACAUUUUGACAAAUUCAAUCAAUACAUUACAUUUUAAAAGUAAGGAAUCAUAAUAAGUUAGUAAAAAUAUUAUAGUAUUGAAGAUGUAUAAUUUAUUAUUAAGCAAAUUUUAUAUCAACUCUAAACACCUCUAAGUGUAUUAUUGAUAGUUAUGUUAACUGUAUAGUGUAUUUUAGUGUAAUCAAUCGUUUUACCAACCGCAACUGUAUAACAGUUGAAGCUUUUGUUGAUUUUAUUUCUAAAAUUCCUUUCAGUUGGUACAAAGAAGGUAUGUUGGUACCUAACGUUUUUACUCAAAUACCUUGUCCAAUCCUUGUUGGUACACGAAUUAGACAUUGUUCAAUAAACCAUCGCCUAAAGUUUGCAUGUAAAGUUCACGUUUUUAAUACAUUUUUAACAGAAGCUUGCUUACAUUUUGUAAAUUUUGAACGUUUUUAAUAUAUGUGGUACUUGUUAUUGACAGGAUUUAAUUGUAUAUAACAAAAGAGCUCGUCAAAAGUGUACAUUUGUUUAUAAGUAUAAUUUAUAGCGCUGGCAUGCCUGUAUACCAUGUAACAUACACCUAAUGAUCAAAACCUGUGUUCAGUCAGCCUCUGUGUGCAGAGGUCACCUACAUGUUGAGGACAGUUAGAUAGUUAGCCUAGAGCGUUGAGACUGCUGUAUUCAGUUUAAAUUUUCAUUUUUGUAUUAUAUUAAACUGAAUAGUUGGUUGUAGGCAUUAUAGUUAAGCAGAAUAUUUUUAAUUAAUUUUAGACACUUUUAGUUUGUUGUUCAUUAAUUAUUCUUAUUCUGUAUUCUUCAUUUUUGAGGUGGGAUUUUUAAGCCAGCCGUGUGGUGAUGUUAGAUUUUACUUAAUUCGUACAACAUAUUAUCUUUAUACAGUUAAGUUCAACAGCCCUGUUCAUGUAGAACAUACUAAAUAACAAUUACAAUUAAACAAGUACGAGAAACCUUAUUUUUGUAAAACCGUGUGAUACUUAUAUAUAUUUUAAUAGCAUAAGUUUCAACUUUCAGUUGAAAUUGGCUAAGCUACUGAAUCGAGCGUCGAAUCAAUUAAACUCUAUUACAUUGUGUAAUGAACUUAAUUUUUUUCAUACGGUAAUAUAAGUCUCUAUUGAAACUGUAUGCAAAUAAAUCGUGAAGGACCUGAUUAACGAAUGUGAAAAAUUCAUUCCUCAUACUGCGCUACAAUAGUUUUAAAAAACGUUUAAAAUCAUAUGAGAAAAUAAUCAAUUUGUUUAUCUACAUAAUUAUCUUACUUUAAGUAUUUUUUUUUAUUUCUGCUUUUACGUUCUUAAUGGGGUUUUAUGAUAAUUGGGAGUUUAUUUCAAAUUUGUAAAUGUGGUAACUAAAUUUAUUUUAUUCGUCUUUUAUAUUUUUUAUUCGAUUUGAGUUGAUUGCUAUUUAAAUUUAUUUUGUCAGUAUACGGAUGUAGUUAUUUUCUUAAAUAAGCUGAGUUCUAGGUGUUUAGUGGUCACGUAGAGACAGUGACGCGACAGAAACGCGUAUGCACAGGCUGUUCCAAAAAAUCCCACCUCAGAUCCGAAACUGACUGAGCUUCUGACCCAUCCGGUACGGAAGUAGUGUGAAAGAUCUGCAGUGUCUGUGUUAGCUCAUUUCCGUUUCCGAUCACACUUGCAAAGAUUGCAGCAACUACCGCCAGCUGAUAUCCAAGCGAGGGGACCAAAGUAGAAGAAGGAUUCUAUUUGUUUAGCAUGCAAUAGUUAGACCGAACUUUCUGUAGACAGUGUAGUCUGUUUGUCAGCAUACAAUAGCCAUAACAUUACAAUAGAUAGUGGCCAUGUAUUGUACACUGUUAGUUUUACUGCCGCUCCAAUAGCUAUCAAAGUUCGCGCUCGCGCUGGACUUAUUUGUUAACAGUGUUGAUAUUGCCCACCCUGUUUAAAUAUCUCAUUCGCGUUGUAGUAACUCUAACUGAAAUAAUUCAGUCAUUCGAACAAUUGUACAUUUUGCAACAAUACAGGAAAAGGUUUAAAAAUCCAAAAAUGUACUAAGUGCUUUAAAAAUUACCACAAUUUUCAACUUUUAUAAUUUAAACGUCUAUAAAAUAAAUUUUGUUUUCUAGUCGGUAAUACUGUAGCUUUGAAGUUUAUUUCAUUUAAAAAGGUUGUAUGAAAUAUAUCAGUGGGUAUUGGAAAAUUUCAUCAAGCACAUAGUUUCGCUCAUUUUGCUUUUAAUACAAGUUUUAGACUCUCCUAACCGAUCUUUUAUUACAUAAGGGCUCAAACGGUAAAUACAUAAAUAAUAAUAACUGUAACAUUAUAAUAGAUCACCAAUAAAUUUAUAAAUAAUAAUUUUAACAUGUUAUAUUUAUCUAUAAUAUCUUCUUAGUUUCAAGAAAUGGAAUAUAAAAAUGUUCCAUACAGCAAAGAUGUUACCCAUUCUACCGCCAGAUCCUGCAGGAGACAUAACACAUUUCUGACCACACAAUAUAUAGUAUUCAUUUACUUCGUCCAUACUUGCAUUGUCACAAAUAUUAAUAAUAAAUAUAUAUUUUUUGUAUCCCUUUCUGUAAUUCCUAUUUGCUAAAUAAGAGUCAUAUCAAUCAGUUGAGAUAGUUGAAAUCGGUCGGUAAUUACAUUUUCUGUGUGAACUGUCAAAGUAAUCAAAUGCGGUACGCGUGACAUUUGUAAACACAACUUCACGCUUACUUUGAUAGCCGAGGAGUGUAGAUUACGUAUACUUGGUACCAUUGUAUGUCAUCACUUUACACUUACAAACUGUACAGGAUCGGGACACAUAUCCUUGCAAGUGUGAUAUUUUACUGACAAAAUGUUUGCUUCAUAAAAACUGAAGUAUUUUUUUAUUAUUGUACUUUACAUACUUAUUAAACAGUUAUAAACAAA